CUUUAUCUUGUAAUCAUCCCUGCGCUUGGAGCUCGCGUUGUUUUUCUUGGAAGGGUGUGUGUGUGUGUGUGUGCGCGCUAGUGUCUCUCUCUCUCUCUCAUGUAUCUAUCUCUGAGCCGGCAUGAUGGACAAUACAGGGAAAUUCGACAGCAAUACAGCGCCGAUGCCUGGCUUAACAACUGGAGAAGAAUUGAACCUGGUUCUGACUGGAAACUCUCAGUUCCAUCAUCAGGGGAUGAAGCUGGAAGCUGUGAUGGAGCAUUUGCAAAGGCAGCAGCAAGCUCGCUUGGAGAUGGAGGGCAGGGAGAGGAAGGACCGGGACAUCCGCAACGCCCGCAUCUUCUACGCUCAGCAGCUGGCCAGUCAGCAGGCCACCCUGGCAGCCUCGUCCAGAUCUCCACCAGGGUCACCGCUUGUCACCACCCUGACCCGCCAACCGGCGCCCGUCGCUCCGCCAGGAUCCGAUAAGAGCAGCGUGGACUCAGAAGCCGAGGACGAUGCCUUUGAGCAGGAGGAUGCCGCGAGUGACCUGGAGGACGAGGACGCGGUGAGGGGCGAUCUCGACGAGGAGGACGACGAGGGAGAGGAGGACGCGGCCUAUCUCAGGAAACGGCCUGCCGCUGCGUUGUCCAAUCAGAGGCCCCCACCCACCCACCGUCCAUCCGUUAGCGGACAAUCCCAACAGCAGGGAAACAGUCAACCCAUCUCCCCAAGCCCAGCACAUUCGAAAUCUCCAGCUAGCCAUCACGAUUGGGGUUAUGAAGAGCAGUUCAAACAGAUACAGCCUUCUGAUUGGAUGGCAAAUGACCAAUCAGAAUCGGGGAAAAAAAUUUCUCACCGAACAGGCAGUGUGCCAGGAACCCACAUCCCUGGCACUAUUAAACAGAAUGGGAGUCUGGCCUGGAAUGACGAUGUUGAUGGUGGACGAGCAAGGGAGGCUGCCAAGGACUUUGCAAAGCUCUACGAACUGGACAGUGACCCCAAACGGAAGGAGUUCCUGGACGAUCUGUUUGUUUUCAUGCAGAAGAGAGGAACACCAGUGAACAGGAUCCCCAUCAUGGCGAAGCAGGUGUUGGACUUGUACAUGUUGUAUAAGCUCGUCACGGAAAAGGGCGGACUAGUGGAAGUUAUCAAUAAGAAGAUUUGGCGGGAAAUCACAAAAGGCCUCAACUUACCUACCUCAAUCACCAGUGCAGCCUUUACACUCAGGACUCAAUACAUGAAAUACCUCUACCCGUACGAAUGUGAAAAGCAAUCACUCAGUUCGCCAACAGAGCUCCAGGCAGCAAUUGACAGCAACAGGCGCGAAGGCAGAAGACCCAGCUACAGCUCGGCUCUCUUUGGCUAUUCUCAGUGUUCGGCCACCCCCCUUCUGUCACCUGCCAAGGUUCACCUGUCGUCCCUGAAUGUUCCCACCUCCAAUGGAAUCCACCUCUCUCCAGGGCAGCUCAUCAAAAAAGAGGACACGGCCGCAGCCUGCUCUUUGACCCCGAGCCGGAUCCAUGUGCCGUUGUCCCAGGCGGGUAACCAUUCCACGGCGCAGUCUGUCACUCUAGAGCAGCUGAGGGAGAAGCUGGAGAGCGGGGAGCCUCCCGAGAAGAGGAUGGCCAGAUUCGCGGAGGGGCAGCAGCGUCUGAUGCAGCAGGCCUUGCAGCAGAACCUCUUCGCCAUGGCAACCCACGUGCCUAUGAGCAUCAAGAUCAACGGGAAAGAUGAUCAACAGGAACUUGCAUUGAACUUGUCAACAAAUGGUAUCAGCAGCAUUAAUAUGUCGAUUGAGAUUAAUGGCACUCUCUAUACAGGUAAGGUGCUGACUCCUCUCGGUCAUAGCCUGGCAGGUCAGAGGUCGCAAUGA